AUGCCGCUCAGCCGUGUUUCUACACCCCCACCCUUUCACUCAUUCUUUUUGAGGAUCUUUCAUUGUCAAGCCGCCAAAGUGGAGAGUGUGAUUGCAGAGGGGGGUGCUUCUCGUUUCAGUGCUUCUUCGGGCGGAGGAGGAGGUAGGGGUGCACCUCAGCACUAUCCCAAGUCUGUCGGCAACAGCGAGUUCCUGGGGAAAACCCCAGGGCCUAGCGUUCAGAGAUGGGUUCCUUCACGAAGCACUAGACGAGAUGUCAACUCCUCCAACGAAAAAGAACGACACGAUGCAAUCUUCAGGAAAGUGAGAGGCAUACUUAAUAAACUGACCCCUGAAAAGUUUGACAAGCUAUGCCUUGAGCUCCUGAAUGUGGGCGUAGAUUCAAAGCUCGUCCUCAAAGGAAUCAUCUUGCUGAUUGUAGACAAAGCCCUCGAAGAGCCGAAGUAUAGUUCGCUAUAUGCUCAGCUAUGUCUGCGUUUGGCAGAGGAUGCUCCAAACUUUGACGGCCCAUCAACAGAGAUCCAAUCAUCACAAAAACAGAGCACUACAUUCAGGAGACUUCUGAUAUCCAAACUUCAAGAUGAAUUUGAGAACCGCACCAGAAAUGUUGACAUCUAUGAUAAAAAUGACAGCCCUCUCACCUCUGAGGAGGAGGAGCAGCGUGCCAUUGCCAAAAUCAAAAUGCUGGGCAACAUCAAAUUCAUUGGAGAACUGGGCAAACUCGAUCUCAUUCAUGAGUCUAUCCUUCAUAAAUGCAUCAAAACACUUCUGGAAAAGAAGAAAAGAGUCCAACUUAAGGAUAUGGGGGAGGAUUUGGAAUGCCUCUGUCAGAUAAUGAGAACUGUUGGGCCAAGACUAGAUCAUGAGAAAGCCAAGUCUUUAAUGGAUCAGUACUUCGGCCGUAUGCGAUCCUUAAUGAACAACAAGGACUUGCCUGCUAGGAUUCGUUUCCUGCUUCAGGAUACUGUGGAGUUGCGAGAGAAUAACUGGGUGCCUCGGAAAGCUUUCAUUGAUAAUGGACCUAAGACUAUCAACCAGAUCCGUCAGGAUGCAGUAAAGGAUUUGGGUGUUUUUAUUCCACCCAUGACUCAAGGAAUAAGGACUGACUUCUUUCAAGAAAGCCCUUUCUUGCAGACGAGAAUAAAACCUGAUCGAGAAACUCUUGGGGGAUUAGCGGAUAUGUUUGGGCAGAUGCCAGGCAGCGGGAUUGGGACUGGCCCUGGGGUCAUUCAGGACAGGUAUUCCCCCACCAUGGGCCGUCGCACAAACCCUCUUUUCAAUGGACAUGGUGGUCACAUGGCCCCUGCACCCCAGCCUUUCAUGAAAUCCAACCAGGGGCAGAAUCCGCUUUUCCAGAACCAGACUCAUUCAUCUCAACAGCAAGCUCAGUCCAAGGAUAUGCCACCACGUUUCAUUAAGAAAGGACAGCUAAAUGCUGAUGAGAUUAGCUUGAGACCUGCUCAGUCAUUCAUCUUGAACAAAAACCAAAUGCCAAAGUUGCAGCCGCAGAUACCUACCAUGAUUCCUCCCAGUGCUCAACCUCCACGCACAUCCACACCACCACUGGGACAGCCACCGCAACUUGGCCUGAAAACCAACCCGCCUCCAAUUCAGGAGAAGCCACAGAAGACGACUAAGAAGCCACCUCCUGCUAAGGAGGAACUGCUUAAGAUGACUGAAACUGUUGUGACCACUUUCCUGAGCAGCAAAAACAUGUACGACGCAGUGAAUGGGGUGCGAGAGAUGAAAGCUCCCAAACACUUCCUGCCUGAGAUGUUGAGUAAGAUGAUCAUGUGCUCACUGGAGAGCCCAGAUGAGGACCGAGAGCACGUCAGCACUCUGAUCAACACGCUCCGCAUGGAGGGACUGGUCACAGGGGAGAACUUUAUGCAGGCUUUCCUCAAUGUUCUGGACCAGUGUCCCAAGAUUGAGUUGGAUAUUCCUUUGGUGAAAUCCUACCUGGCUCAGUUUGCUGCCCGGGCUAUCAUUGCUGAACUUGUGAGCAUGGCAGAGUUGGCCCACCCACUGGAGAACGGCACCCACUUCCCGCUUUUCCUCCUCUGCUUGCAGCAAAUGGCCAAGCUGAAAGACCGGGAGUGGUUGACCGACCUGUUCCAACUGAGCAAGGUCAACAUGCAGAAGAUGCUGCCAGAAAUAGAUCAAAACAAAGAUCGCAUGUUGGAGAUUCUGGAGGGGAAGGGCCUGAGCUUCUUAUUUCCUCUCAUGAAGCUGGAGAAGGAAUUGCUGAAGCAGAUCAAAGCAGAUCCUGCCCCGCAAACCAUCUACAAGUGGAUAAAGGACAACAUUUCUCUGAAACUGCACACUGAUAAGGGUUUCGUUAACAUUCUGAUGACCAGCUUUUUGCAGUACAUUUUCCAUGAAAUAUAUUCCACUGAAGGAGAAGACCAAUUGUCUGCACCUACGAAAGAGCAGCUUGACCAGGAAAAGCAGCUGCUACUUGCCUUCAAACCGGUGAUGCAAAAAUUCCUGCAUGAUCAUGUGGACCUUCAAGUCAGUGCACUGUAUGCACUGCAAGUCCACUGUAAUGCCCAUGCUUUUCCCAAAGGAAUGUUACUGCGCUACUUUGUCAACUUCUAUGAUAUGGAGAUAAUUGAAGAAGAGGCCUUCCUAGCAUGGAAAGAAGAUAUUACCCAGGAGUUUCCAGGAAAAGGAAAAGCAUUGUUCCAGGUGAACCAGUGGCUCACCUGGCUGGAGACGGCAGAAGAGGAAGAGUCUGAGGAGGAAGCUGACUAAACAACCAGCCAAAGCCUUGACGUACUCGCCUGUCAUCUCUCCCGUUUAGUUUCACGACCUCCUCUUUCACCUGUAUUAACCGCCGCACUGCUGUUUUCUGCAGUGUCAAGCCAACGUAUUACUUCACGCUUCUCUUCGGCCUCAUCGUUUAAAGCAUGUGAUGACUAGCGUCUGUUAAGAACCACCACUGAUAAAUGGUAUUAACAGCUUGAAACUGCAUCUUUUUUAUAUGUUUUGCUUUUAAGAACAUGUAUUUUGCAAGAGCCUUUUCUGCUGCUGUUCAUUUCAGCACAAAACUAUAGAAAUGCACUUUUGCUCAGUGUCAUAUUUUGAGUUACUGCAAUAUUCACUUUUGUUUGUUACGAAGAAUCCUCAGUAAUCAUUGGUUACCAUCAAUGCUUUGUUCAUACCUCACAGUAGUGGGCGUAGUAUGUGGCGUGUAAAUGAAAACUCUCCAGGUCUGCAAGGUGCUCGAGUCUGAAAUGGUUUACUUUCCAGUUGUUACAUGAUUGUAAAAUGUCUUUUGGUUGUUUUUUUUGGUUUUUUUUUUUUUUUUUUUUUUUCUUUCCCCUUCCCUCCUAAUUCUCAUAAUGAACAAAGCCAUGUGGGAGAGAUGAAAUUAUGCGGCCUUUUAUUUCAACCCAUGUUCGUCCCCUCCACUACUUGUCAAGCUGAUACUUGAAUUUUUUUUUUUUUUUUUUUUUUUUUUCUUUACAGCAUGUUCAGGGAUUACCAAACACAGCCUGUUUAGAUGCAACAAUUUGAUCCAAACAGAAAUGUGUAAUUUUUUUUUUUAAUGCAUUUUAAUUGGUAAAAUAAAGAUGAGAUGAGAAAUUUGGUAUGGAUGUUCAAUUUACAGAUCACUGUCUUACAACCUAACAAUGAUUUUCCCAUGAUGUGUAUUAUGGAUAUUAUACAUAUUUAUUUAAUCAUGGGGGGGGGAGUUGAAGCUUUAUCAUUAGGUAGGACAACAAAUGGUGACCCACUCAUGUGGCAUCUGUACAAUGAGUUGCUAUUUAAAGUGUUACUGUAAGGUGCAAGAGCUCCGAAUGUUCAAUGUACCACUGUUGCUUUCAAUAAAGUUACACACCAGCA